AUGAAAAUAAUUAUUGAAGAUAACGGUGCAAAAGCUGCAGAAUUUGUGGCCCUAUAUAUCAGGAAAAGAAUCAAUGAUUUUCAACCAACAGAGGAUAAACCAUUCACGUUAGGAUUACAAGCGGGUAUCUUUCCAAACCAUAUACCAUCCAGGCUUCCACGUGAAUCUCCACAAAGUGCUCAUACGUUUAUGUUAAAAAAUUUUUUCCGCCACACUGAUAUAUUACCAAAAAAUGUCAACAUACUAGACGGAAAUGCAGAAGACUUGGACAACGAAUGUGCAGAAUACGAGAAAAAGAUCACUCAGGCUGGUGGUAUCGAAUUGUUUGUUGCCAGCUGCGAACAAGACGGCAGUUUGGCAUUCAACGAGCCAGGAAGCAGCUUAAAUACACGAACUCGUGUCAAAACAUUGUCGUUGGAAACCAAACAGUACCUGUCCAAAUUCUUUUCUAACAAUCCACAACUUGUACCACCGCGCGCCUUGACAGUGGGCGUCGAGACGUUGAUGGAUUCCCGUGAAGUAGUAUUAUUGGUGACUGGUGUCCAAAAAUCUUAUCCGCUCUAUAAGGCAAUAGAAGAAGGAAUAUCGCAUAUGUGUACAUUGUCAAUUUUCCAGAUGCAUCAAAAAGCAACAUUCGUUAUUGACGACGAUGCCACUCUAGAAUUGAAAGUCAAAACUGUUAAAUAUUUCAGGGAACUUAUGAAACUUCAUCAGAAGAUGAUAGAACUUAGAAAGUAG